AUGAAAUGGAAUAGAGAGGAAUUUGAAAAUAUUUUUGCUAAGAAACAUCAACUUUUGAGGAGAAUUGAAGGGGUACAGCGUGCUCUUGCUUUGAACGAGUACUCUCCUAAUUUAGUCAAGCUAGACUUUCUUUUACAUCAGAAGAUGGAGGAGGUUUUAAAACAGGAAGAGCUUUACUGGUUCCAACGAUCAAAGGAAGAAUGGAUUGUCUCUGGUGAGCGAAACACUAAAUUCCAUCAUCUGGCUGUUAAAGUUAAAAAGAAGAGAAAAUUAAUUUCGGCGCUUCAAGACUCUAAUGGGCAAUGGGUGACUGCUGAGGCUUCGUUAGAAAAUUUAGUUGUUCAGUUUUAUAAGGGCUUGUUCACUAAUGAUUCGACUUAUGUGUUGUCUAAUCUUGAAGGCAUUGCUUGUCGUCGAAUCCCUGAGGAGCUUCGUGCUGACCUUGAGAAAUCGUAUGAGAAAGAGGAAGUGGCUCGAGCUUUAUUUCAGAUGGCACCUUUUAAAACUGCUGGUGAGGAUGGUUUCACAGCAGGCUUUUUCCAACGUUCUUGGAGUGUUUUAGGUAAUGUUGUGUGUGAUCUUGUUUUGGGUGUUUUGCAUGGUAAUCCCUUGCCUGAUAGGCUAAAUUCCAUUUUAAUUACUUUGAUUCCGAAGUUGAAUAAUAUGAUUGCUGCAUUUGUCAAUGAGGGGUUAUGGAAGCCUAUACCUAUAUGUAGAGGAGGACCAGCUAUAUCUCAUUUGAUGUUUGCCGAUGAUAUGGUCCUCUUCGCUGAAGCCUCGGUUGAACAGAUGGGUUGUAUCUUGAAGAUUUUGAAUGAUUUUUCACUUGUGUCUGGGCAACGAAUAAAUUUCAGCAAGUCCUCCAUAUUUUUCUCUCCAAAUAUUACUUCAGAUUUGGCUGAAAGUUUAGUGAAUAUGGCAGGGAUGGCUAGAACUGAUAGUCUUGGCAGCCAUCUGAGGAUGCCUUCGAUUCAUGGUAGAGUGGGUCCAACUUCAUUUCGGGAGGUUAUUGACAAGAUGAAACAUAGAUUGUUUGGCUGGAAGGCCUCUACGCAUUCUAAAGCAGGGAGGGUCACUAUGAUUAGCUCGGUUCUUAAUGCAAUUCCAGUGUUCUUAAUGCAGAUUACAGUGCUUCCUAUUUCAGUUUGCAAAGAAAUGGAAAAGAUAUGUAGAGACUUUUUAUGGCAUGGAAAUUCUAGUGAUAAGAAGUUGCACCUGGCACUUGUGGGGAAGCUAGUAUGGCGAGCUUUGCAUAGUUGUGAUGAGUUUUGGGCUAAAUAUUUGUUUAAGAAAUAUGCUGCUGGUAGAGCUUCAUGGGAUAUGAAGAUGAAAAGUGGAGCAUCUAUGAAUUGGAGGGCGGUGUGUUUUGGUUUGGAGCUUCUUCGUAAAGGAAUCAGUCACAAUGUGGUUUAUGGGAAUGAAAUACUCUUUUGGACAGAUUCAUAG